CUAGAGCCAGACGUAUAAAGAGGCGGGGAGGAGGAGAGAAGCUGGACGGAGAACCUGUCAGCUGGGAGACGCAGAACAUGACAGACGCUCGCUCGUAAAGUGUAGAAAUUUUACAAAAAGGCUUUAACGGACGAUACAGUCUUGCAGUCAUGACUUGCGUACACCCCCGACAUGGACGUCAGCCCAGUGAGAGCAGUUUCAGCAGCUCUGAGCUUCAGAACGCAGACUUCCUCUCCAGGCUGGCCGUUGACAUGAGCGGCUCCCUGGAGCACCACUCUACUCCGUCCCUGCCAAGCAUCAGCUCCUUGGUUGGCACACCUACGGGAUCUUUUGAUGCGUACUCGUGCCAGUUCACUACGGCUCCUGCCCAUGUACCUCCAGCGUCCGGCCAGGAAAGCCCUUUCAAGCUGGAUGAGCUCCAAGUUUAUGGGUGCUACCCUGGAACGUUCACUCUGAGUUACCCAGAUGAGGCUGUGUCUCCCAGCGGCUCGGAUUACUUUGGUAGCCCUGCAUCAGCCUCUUCUCCUUCGACUCCUGGGUUCCAGAGUCAGCACGUGUCUAACUGGGAUUCGGCUUUUGGGCCAUACUCCCCUGGUCAAGGAUACUGGAUGACUGAGGACACCUCAGGGCCACACACGCCAUCUUUCUUCAUGUUUGGCUCAGGUUCUAUGGAGGACAUGUCUCAUUUGGGCCAGGCACUUUUGCGAGAACAGGACCCCUUUGGUGCAAGUCAACCUCAUCCUUCUGCGAUGUCGUUUCCCGCUAUGGCGAUGGAACAGGCCCUUUGUCUCGACAGCGCCGAACAGCGGGAUGGAAGCCUGUCACCCAAGCUGAAAAGUGGAAGUGAGGGCGGCUGCGCUGUUUGCGGAGACAAUGCCUCCUGUCAGCACUACGGGGUUCGCACCUGCGAGGGAUGCAAGGGCUUUUUCAAGCGCACGGUUCAGAAAAAUUCCAAGUAUGUCUGCCUUGCCAACAAAGAUUGUCCUGUGGACAAGAGGAGGAGAAAUCGGUGCCAGUUCUGUCGCUUCCAGAAGUGUCUGGCAGUUGGAAUGGUUCGGGAAGUUGUUAGAACGGAUAGCCUGAAAGGACGGAGAGGCCGCUUACCAUCAAAGCCUAAAGGCGUCAAAGACGCCACACCCAUUGUAUCGCCAGUGAGCAUGAUUGCUUCGCUCGUCAGGGCCCACAUCGACUCAAACCCUGCUGUUGGAAAUCUGGAUUAUUCUAAGUACCUCGAGAAGGAAGUCAGCGCAAACCAGAAGGAGGACGAGAGUGACAUCAAGCAGUUCUACGACCUCCUCACUGCUUCUUUGGAGGUGAUCAGGAAGUGGGCGAAGGACAUCCCAGGUUUCUCUGACUUCUGCCUGGAGGAUCAGGAACUGCUGCUAGAAUCCGCAUUUGUUGAACUCUUUAUUCUGCGUCUUGCCUUUCGAUCCAAUCCCAAAAUGGAGAAGCUCAUCUUCUGCAAUGGCGCCGUGCUGCAUAAAACGCAGUGUAUCCGGGGCUUUGGGGAGUGGAUCGACUCCAUCCUGGAGUUUUCUCAAAGCCUCCAUCGCAUGAAGUUGGACGUCUCCUCCUUCUCCUGCCUUGCAGCCCUGAUCCUCAUCACAGAUCGACAUGGCCUUAAGGAGUCUAAACGGGUGGAGGAUUUGCAGAACCAGCUCAUUACCUGCCUGAAAGACCAUGUGACUAGCUGUGGUUCCGAGUCCUUGCGGCCCAAUUAUCUGUCAAGACUUCUCGGCAAGCUGCCCGAACUCAGGACUCUGUGCACACAAGGGUUCCAGCGCAUCUUUUACCUCAAACUAGAAGACCUGGUUCCUCCCCCACCAAUCGUGGAGAAGAUCUUCAUGGAAACCCUGCCCUUUUGAGCACCAGAUGCAAAGAUGACCAACUGUGAAAAAACAUCACUAGUUUAUCUCGAUGCCAAAGACGAUGGACCUGGUGCUCACACUGCACAAUGCCUGUAAAACUGCAAGAAGUUUAACAGAAUGAUAAUAAUAAUCCUUAGGGAUUCUGCAGCGUUAGGAGAGCACUUCUGAAUCACAAAGUGAGUGAAUAUUAAAAUACGCACCUAGAGCCACUGACGCUCUUCCUUCUUGACUUUCUGGGAAAGUGUGUCUUCAGAUGGAAAAAGACUGGGCAGCUCAUGGACCAAACAGUGAGUGUUUACAUGCAACAACGGGCAAAUUAUGGAAAUACCUCCCAUUGUUGCCAGAUCUGCAGCUCGAGUAUUGAAAAAGCCUUCAUCAAAGCUCUGUUUAAAGCAUUUUUUAAAACUUCCUCAUCGUUAACUGAGCUAAGGGCUGCACAGUAAUGCUUUUGUUGACAUCCGUAUCAUUAUCUCAACAAAUUCACAUUUCAUUUCAGUGUCCAUGAAAGUUAUGCACUGUCUAAAGUUUAUGUUACAAACAAAUACAAGGGACUUAAAGUGUUUAAGUAGUUUUUCAGCUAUGGUGGCAUAAAUUGCAUGUUUUCUUGGUGUCGUGCAGCCCUAAUGCAGUAGGUGAAACCUGCAGAAUUGAUCACUGGUAUCAUUCAUGUAUCAUGAAUUGUUUUUGAGCAGCUAACAUUCUGUUUAUCAUCCAGUCUUACACAAAGAUCCUGUUUGUAAGUGGUUUUUAAAGCUCCAGCUGAGCUGUAUUCUACAGUGUGGAGAAUUGUUGUUGUGGGGUUUUGUUUUUACAUACUGAGAUGAUAUUUUGCUGUAGUUCAAUGUGGAAUAAAACACAAAACUUUUUA